AUGCUGGGCUGCAUCAGUGGAUAUGCACAAGGAGAGGAACCGCAAGAAAAGACAACCUUACUCCGUACAUUUAAUGGUUCUCAUAUUUUGGAGUUAGAGAAUGGGCAGCUGGUGGCAAUUAACGGUGCUAAUUUGUAUCGGUGGAAUGGAUCACAACGUGAAUACAUGGAAUUAUUGACACCAGCGAGCAGUGAGGGUGAAAAUGCGUUAUUGAACACCGAUAGAAAUUUGCCUCGCCUUUACUCAUAUGGAUACAAUGUUUUUCUCAUGCGCUAUGGCUCUGGUACAUCUUUUCGUGCUGUUUUUGCUCUUGUGGAAAGCAAUGACCCUCCAAGUGAAAAAUAUUCUGUUCUUCGCAUUGUGUGGAUGAACACUCUGAAUGGUAUAAUUGAAAAGAAUUCGUUGAUUCACACUCCGUUGAUUCUUAGAUUUCCUAUUAUGAAGGGAGAAGCAAGGGUUGUGCGAUUCCUUGCUAACACAAGCACACCAAUUUUAACAACAAAAAACAAUACACUUCUGUUUCCUGUGCAAUUUGUUACGGAGGAUAACAAAGUCUUUUCGACAGUUAUGUAUUACUGGCCCCAUGAUACGAAGUGGAAUAUUGGGGGAGCUUUGCCUGAUAUGGACACUUAUAAUCCUGCUAUUCUUGAGUGGGAAAAUGAUAAUUUAAUAAUGAUUACGCAGCAUACCAGUGGCUACCACAGAGUGUACGAGUCCACUGAUUUGGGAGAUACAUGGAAAGAGUCUACCAGUACACUCUCCCGUGUGUGGGCCAACUCCCCUAUACAGCCUGGUCGUGGAAGUCAAAACAAUUUUAUUACUGCAACUAUUGGUGAGAAGCGUGUCAUUCUCUUUACGCAGUCUGUGGAAACUGAAGAAGAGAACGAACUCCAUCUGUGGGUCACUGAUAAAACACAUAUUUAUCAUGCUGGUUUGAUUGUUAAGGAUAAAAAAGUGAAGAGCAGCACUUUAUUGUUCAAGGAUGACAAACUGUACUGUCUGUAUGAGGCGAGUAAAGAAGAAGGGAAGUACGAAGUUCUUUUCGUGGAUCUGACGAACAAGGUGAAGGAGAUAAAAGAGGUGUUAAAUACGUGGGAUACUAUUACAUCCAAUGGUAUCUGCUGCACUGAUGAAGCAUGUACAUCUUUUGAUUGUCGUAUUUCUCCCACUAAGCUUGUGGGCUAUUUGUCAGAAACCAUCGAUGAGGAGAGUAACUGGAAGGAUGAAUAUCUCGGCGUGGAUGCUUCUGUAAGUGGUACGGUAAAAAAGAAUCCUAAUGGAUUUACGUUCAUGGGUAUUGGUGCGGGAGCAAUGUGGCCUGUGAGUACAGAUGAACUGGCGAGGCAGUAUCACUUUACAAACUAUGCAUUUACUCUUGUGGCGACGGUGGCUAUCCACGCGGCACCAAAGAAGGGCAGCAGUCCUUUGUUGGGUGUAAGUCUGAAAAAUACCAGGGGAGAAAUUCUUUUGGGAUUGUCGUACAAUAAAAACAAAACGUGGAGCACAAUACACAGGAAUGUCGUCCAGGCUUCAGAUAAUAGAUGGGAAGUGGACAGAACAUAUACUGUGGUAUUGACAUUUGCGAAUAGCGACUGUUCGGUGCAAAUUGACGGAGAUCCCAUGGGUUUUGUGAAACAUAACUUCAACAGAGAAUCAGAAGAGAUUUCCCAUUUUUACUUUGGUUCCGACGGAGAGGCUGGAGACAGUACCUUCGCAACAGUGACAAAUAUUAUGCUGUACAACGGCGUGCUCACACCAACCGAGAUUGAUGCACUGAUAAAGAAGAAGUUGGUUAUUUCCUUGUCAGAGAGUGUCAAGCAGAUGCUAACUGAGGAAAUAAAGAUGCAAUCUACUCUCCCGACCCCUGCAACCAGCAGUACGGCAGGACCUCAGUCAAUAAAGAAACCACAGAAUACGAACAGUGGAAAUCAAACCAUUGAUGGCACUGUUCGUAUUUAUGAAUCUGUACUGUCAAUGCUUCUGCUGGGAUUGUGGGCUCUUGCAACAGUUCUCCCAUAA